UUUUAACUGCUGAUGAGACAUACAAUUUCCAGUCAUUCUGGUAAUGAAAUAAUAUACAAUGUUGUCUUUGUUUGUAAGGCUCAUUAUUACAACUGUAUUUUAAACGAACUUGGCAUUAAUUCCACUUUUGGUAAUCAUACUUAUACUCCAACUGCCAUUUCAAAAGACGAAAUUCUUCAAAACCAUGCUUCAGUUUUAGACACGUUUAAUAUACCAGUCAAUGGGUCGAAUGAAUAUGAGUUACCGUACAUAUACUGGGUUCCUAAACUAUAUAAAAACCCUUACAAACAAAGAUACAUUGCUGGAUCCAAUAAGUGCUCUAUCAAGCCCCUAUCUUUGCUCCUCACGAAAAUGUUAACAGCUGUGAAGGAGAAACUUCAAACUUACUGUACGACUACAUAUGCCAGAAGUGGUGUUAAUCAAAUGUGGAUUCUAAAAAAUUCUAAAGAACUUUUAGUAAACUUGAAAUCACAGAAUUUUUCCCAAAUCAAUAGCAUUAAAACCUAUGACUUUUCAACACUAUACACGACCAUUCCUCACGAUAAAUUAAAGACUAGACUUUUUGACAUCAUAGACAGCUGCUUCUUCAACAAAAACGGAAAACUGAAAUACUCAUAUCUAGUGAUCAGUCAUUCAAAAACUUACUUUCUUAAACACCACUCUGAUUCCACGCACAAGUACUCUGAAGUUGAAAUAAAAAAUAUGUUAGAGUUCCUCAUUGACAAUAUCUUCGUGGUCCUUGGUGAUCAGGUCUUCCAACAGUCUGUUGGAAUUCCCAUGGGCACGAAUUGUGCACCUUUGUUAGCUGACCUAUUUUUAUAUUCAUAUGAAGCAGAAUUUAUCCAAAAACUUCUACGUGAGAAGAAAAAAUCUCUCGUUGUGACCUUCAAUUCGACUUUUAGAUAUAUUGAUGACGUUUUGUCUAUUAACAAUGAUAGCUUUCAUUCAGUCGUCCACUUCUGCUUCAUACUUAGAUAUUUUAUUGAAAGUAGACAUUAACGGCAAACUGACAACUCAACUGUAUGACAAACGGGAUGAUUUCAGCUUCUCCAUCGUCAACUUCCCACAUUUAUGUAGCAAUAUUCCAUUAUCACCUGCAUAUGGUGUUUAUAUAUCUCAACUAAUUCGAUAUGCAAGAGCUUGUUCUGCGUAUAGUCAGUUUUUAAAUCGAGGUAAGCUACUGACAAACAAGUUGAUGGUACAAGGAUUUCAACAGUCUCGAUUGAAGUCAGCAUUUCGCAAAUUUUAUGGUCGUCAUAACGAUCUAGUUCGUCAAUACGACCUCGCAUUGGGUCAAAUGCUGACUGACGUGUUUCAUACCGAUUGUUAAGCCGUUCUUGGCACACUGAUUUUGACUGCGGAUAAAUCCGUUUACCUGAUCAGGAUAUGGGGCUCACGGCGGGUGUGACCUGUCAACAGGGGAUGCUUACUCCUCCUAGGCACCUGAUCCCACCUCUGGUGUGUCCAGGGGUCCGUGUUUGCCCAACUAUCUAUUUUGUAUUGCUUGUAGGAGUUAUGAGAUUGAUCACUGUUCGUUAUCUUCAACUUGCAUACAUGUACUAAAGAUUCAUGAAUUUAUAUGACCAAUGCACAACUGUUUUUAAAAAAAUGCCCAGAAAUGAGAAGUUAUGAGAUUGAUCACUGUUCGUUAUCUUCACAUUGCAUUAUUCUGUUUACUUGAUCAAGGUAUCAUUGGAUCAAAUGCUGUCUAACGUGUUUUAUUCGAAUUGUUAGGUCAUUCCUUACAUACCCAAUUUGAUUACGAUUUACCUGAUAAAGAUAUUGGACUCAUGGUGUAACCGAUUCACAGGGGAUGAGUGUUCCUACGUUGCACCAGAUCCCACUUCUGGUGGUUGCAGGUGUCUGUGAUUGCCCAACAAUGUAUUUUGUUCUCUUUAUGGGAGUUAUAAGGUUGAGCACUAUUCGUUGUUUUAUUUAAAUAGUAUGGAGAACAAAGGACAUAAUAUAGAGAACAAAGUACAUAGUAUAGAGACCAAAAUAUAUAGUAUAAAGAACAAAGUACAUAGUAUAGAGAACAAAUUAUAUAGUAUAAAGACCAAAGUGCAUAGUAUAGAGAACAAAUUAUAUAGUAUAAAGACCAAAGUACAUAGUAUAGAGAACAAAGUAUAUAGUAUGGAGAACAAAGUACAUAGUAUAGAGAACAAAUUCUAUAGUAUAGAGAACAAAGUACAUAGUAUAGAGAACAAAUUAUAUAGUAUAAAGACCAAAGUACAUAGUAUAGAGAACAAAUUAUAUAGUAUAAAGACCAAAGUGCAUAGUAUAGAGAACAAAUUAUAUAGUAUAAAGACCAAAGUGCAUAGUAUAGAGAACAAAUUAUAUAGUAUAAAGACCAAAGUGCAUAGUUUAACAGACAAAUAUAGAGAACAGAGUACAGAGCUUAAAGAUCAAAAUACUUCGUGUGGAGAACAAAGGACAUAGUAUAGAGACUAAAGUACAUAGGAUAGGGAACACAGGACAUAGUAUAGAGACUAAAGUACAUAGGAUAGGGACUUAAAUCUCCUGUCAGUUUAUGGUAUUGAGACCUGUGAUAGGGUACUUACUUUGUGUAAUCAAAUCCUCUUACACCUCUUAUUUGACGUUCCUCAAACAUUGCGCAGUUGUUAUGGAAACAUUGAAAAUGCGCAUGUGUCAUUUUGAAAUUGAUUUGACACAUUUCAAAAACUUUAUAUGUAGUUGAACUGCGUUAUUCUUAAGCAUGUCUUGAAUAAACAGUAUAUAUUUUGUGUAAUCAAAUCUUCUCACAUAUCUAACUUGACAUUUUUCGAACAUUGAACAAUUGUUAUGGAUCAUUGAAGAUAUGUAUGUGCCUUUUUGAAAGUGAUCAGACAUUUGUCGAGAAAAUAUCCAUUUAGUUUAACUUUGUCAUUUUUCAAUCAUGUCUGAAAUAGACUGUACCUAUUUUUGUAAUCAACCCCUCUCACAGCAUUUUUUAAACCCUAUUUUCAGACCUUGUACAUUAUAGCUGUUAUAAAACAUUGAAAAUACAAUUACUUUCAAAAGGACUUCUGGUUUUUUUUAAAAUAUUCUACAUUGAAUUUGUUAUUUUUAGUAUGUUUUAUACUGCUGACUUUAUGAUAGAUAACAUAUUUCAAAGCAACCCGGCCAUUUCUGUUCUGGAAUUGAUGUUGAAAAAAUUAGAUAUGAUACAUGUAACACAAUGUUGUAAAGCUAAACACCAUAAGUGGAAAUUCAGAUAAUAAGCCACAGCUAUAAGUAAAUAAGCCAUGGAUGACUCAAGAUUUCAAGGCACUAAUAUCUUAACGCCAAGCAGCCAAAUCUAGCGGUAACCAAGAACUAUAUCAAAAGUUAAGGAACUCAAUUAACAGGAAAUCUAAAGCCCUCAACUCAGACUUCUAUAAAAAAUUAAUCGACGAAACAUACAGAUCAGACAACAAACAGAUGAAGUGAAAGAACAGCUUUCCAACAUCAAAUUAUCCAAAGCCACGGGGUCCGACGAUUUCAAAGAACUCUCUAGUACCAUCGAAAAGCCAAUAUGCACUUUAUUCAACAACCCCCUUAGCGAAAUUUUCCUACUGUAAUCUGAAAGAGAGCAGAUGUGGUUCCUAUACCUAACAUGACCAGUUUUUAAGUCGAGGAAGGCUAUAAACAAACAAGUUAAUGGUGCAGGGGUUCCAGCAGUCUCGUCUAAAGUCAACAUUUCGCAAAUUAUAAGGUCGUGAUAACGAUCUAGUUUGUCAGUACAACCUUUCAUUGGGUGAAAUACCAUCUGAUAUACUUUAUACCGAUUGAUAGACAAUUCUUAGCACACUGGUUUUUACUACGCAUAACUCUGUCUACCUGAUCAAGAUAUGGGGCGCAGGGCAGGUGUAACCGGUCGACAGGAGAUGCUUACUCAUCCUAGGCACCUGAACCCACCUCUGGUGUGUCCAGGGGCAAAUGCUGUCUGACGUGUUUCAUACCGAUUGUUAAGCCGAUCUUGGCACACUGAUUUUGACUGCAGAUAACUCCGUUUACCUGAUCAGGAUAUAGGGCUCACGACGAUUAUGACCGGUCAACAGGGGAUGCUUACUCCUCCCAGGCACCUGGUCCCACCUCUGGUGUGUCCAGGGGUCCGUGUUUGCCCAACUAUCUAUUUUGUAUAGCUUAUAGGAGUUAUGAGAUUGAUCACUGUUUGUUAUCUUCACCUUGCAUUAUUGAGACUGGUCUGCGAGUAUGCGUACCUGGUGUGGUUAAACCUGCCAAACAUCUAAUCGACAACAUUGAAUCAGUUCUGCAAAUAAUCAAAGCUGCCAUUAAAGACCUUCAUCUAUAAUUUAUUGAAGGACAGCUUGAAAAUAUGUGCAUGUCAUUGUUCAAACAGUUGGAAAAUCCCUCAAAUCAACUGCAUUGGCUUUUACCAGCAUGCAGUGAUAAUAGAUACAACCUCAGAACACAAGCUACUUACAAACUAACAAAGUACAAGACUAGCCGUGGCAAAACAGAAAAGUAAAAAAGUCAGUUUGCAAUAUUUGUAUAUAAUACUACAGGUUAUUUUAUUUAUUAUAUAUUUAUUUUUAAAGUUUUCAGAGUGAAUAAUCUUAUGCUUGUCUGUUGUAAUAUAUUAAUUAUUUUAUGACUUAUUGUUCAAUGAAAUUUUACAUCUAAAUUAAUUGUGUACGUUUAUUGUCUAGUUGGCAAAGAAAACAUUCUCAUUGUCGCUAUUACAUACAAACUAGUUAUCGUAAAUAAAUCAUGAAAUACAAUGCAGCAUUAUAAUUUUCAUUUUUAAUGCUUCGUUAAUUACAUUUGGUCUUAUUGUACCACUAAUAAGUCACGAAAUACAAUUCAACACUAAAGUGCUGCUGAUGAUUUUCAAUGCUGUGGGACUUGCCUCUGGUAUAAUCGUGUCAGUUAUUCUCCUGGCCAUUGUUGGAAUUAUGUUGUUCAAGAAAAGACGUCACACACAAGAUACAAGUAAGAGAGAGACAACAGUGGAGGAUGGGGAAAGUGAAACCCUAGUAAGUACGGAAACAAAAUAUACAGAGGAAAAUGAACAGAGCCGACAACAAACAGAAAAGG